UUAUCCUCCGCGAGCGUGCAACCAUAGAAGCAAAACAACGACGCACACGGAUGCGGGUUUAACCGCCACUACUGCAUAAACCCCACCUCUUCACUCACUCACUCACCCAGUGUUCCGAACUUCAGCCAUGGAAGCAGCAACGCGAUUCUCUCCGAAUCACUUCCUCCCCCACCACCACACCUUCCAAACAAAACCCAACGCCCUUCCACGACGAACACCACCACACAGAAUCACCUUCCACCGAAUCGGAACACCUAGGGUUUCCCUUCUCAACAAUUUCCCUUCCCUCAACCGCUCUUUGUCUCACCGGAGGACUCUCUCCGUCAACUUCUUCGACCGGCUCCGGAGCGACUCUGUUGAAGCCGAAUCUCCGAAUGAGGAAGUUGUUCUGCUGCCGAGUCGCGGCGGCGACGGAGGGGAAGCGGUUGUGCCGACGGGAGAUCUUCAGUUGAAACCUAGAAUGUUUAGAAAUAGGUUUCUGAACUUCGUGCGGUUCGGGUCUGUGAUUAACGGUGCUGCUGAGUCGUUUUUCAAGAGCGAGAUUCGGAGGAGGCUGUUUGUGACUGCUGUGUUGAUUGUGAUAAGCCGUGUUGGGUAUUUCAUUCCUCUUCCUGGGUUUGACAGGAGGUUGAUACCGCAAGAUUACAUGAGCUUUGUUUCUGGAUCUUCUGUUGAUGAACUUGGUGACUUCUCUUCUGAGCUCAAGCUAUCGCUUUUCCAGCUUGGAAUCAGUCCUCAGAUAAUAGCUUCCAUUAUCAUGCAGGUGCUCUGUCAUGUUGUUCCUUCUCUAGUAAAGCUGAGGAAAGAAGGUCUGGAUGGGCAGGAGAAGAUUAAGAGUUAUAUAUGGUGGAUGUCGUUUGGCUUUGCGAUUUUGGAAGCUCUAAUAGUUUCUUGCUACUCACUUCAAUACUCAAUUUAUGCUGCUAGUCAUAGGGUCAAACAUGUCAUGGUGACAAGUUCGUUGUUGGUUUGUGGUGCAAUGACUACUACAUGGAUAUGUGAUACCAUAUCAGAAUCUGGAUUUGGUCAGGGUUCGUCUCUUAUCAUAUGUGUCGGAAUACUGACGGGUUACAUGGAAACAUUGCACAAAAUGCUUACUCAGCUUUCAGUGAGUUCUGUGAGUUGGUUGCCAUAUGUGCUUGCAGUAUUGGGUAUCUUCACCACAGUCACUAUGUGGGCAGUUGUAGUAACUGAAGGUUGCAGGAAAGUAAAGCUUCAGUACUAUGGUUUUAAACUUGCUUCUGCUGCAAGGGAGCAAUCACCAAUUACUGAAGUGGAGCCCUAUAUUCCUUUCAAUAUAAAUCCAGCAGGGAUGCAACCUGUUCUUACCACCUCUUACCUCUUGGCAUUUCCAAGUAUUGUCGCAGGUCUGCUUCAGUCACCUUUUUGGGAGCAUGUCAAGGAAAUGUUGAACCCUGAAACUUCAAUUGGUGCUGAGCCGUGGGUCUACUAUUCCAUAUAUGCAUUUUUUGUAUUCCUGUUCAACAUAUUUGAUAUUGCUAACUUGCCAAAGGAAAUUGCUGAUUACUUAAAUAAGAUGGGUGCAAGAAUACCCAACAUAAAGCCUGGGAAGGCUACUAUAGAAUACCUCUCAAAGGUUCAGGCAUCCACACGAUUUUGGGGAGGCCUACUAUUAAGUGUUUUGGCCACUACAUCAACUGUUCUGGACCACUAUUUGCGGCGUAUCAAUGCUGGAUUUGCUAUUGGUUUCACAUCAGUUCUAAUUAUUGUGGGUUCCAUUAUUGAACUUAGAAGAUCGUAUCAAGCAUAUAAUGUGAUGCCAAGCUUAAGCAAUGCUUUGAGACGUUAUGGUGUAUAACUUAUGGAAAAGCUAUGCUCCCAUUCGACUACCAUUUCACUUAAACCUCAAGGAUAGCUCUCUGGUCAGCAUUGGAAGCUCUGUUUUUCAGGGCAAUAAAUCUAGUUUGUGGGUCUGAGUAUUGAGGUCAGCUAGCAGUGCUAGUAACAAGGUGCUAAAUGCUGCCUGUUGGUAGUAGCUGAUUCAGAAGCCUCAUUUUCCGAUUUCUCUCUAAAGAGAAUUUUUUUUAAUGGUUUUAGACAUUGAGGGAAGUAUUUAGUUAGGUUAUAGUUGUAGCUACAGCUGAGAUCUGUACAGGAAAAUCCUUGUUUGUUAUAAAGGUGAUAUGUAAUGUAAAAACAAUGCACUUGGAUAUAGUAUGUUAAAUGUCUUUAUAGUGGGUUCUUAUCCUAGAAAAAAACAAAAUCAUUAGAGAUUGACUAUCUGCGUUUUAAGCUGCAUUGUAUCCGCCGCCUUUGUAAUGAAUGAUCUACGAGAGCCUUUUAGCACCAUGCAAUGGAAGAGCUUGAUGAUGACCCAUCAAAAGACAUCUAACUUCUAAGCACUAUGCAAUUGGAGAGCUUGUUUUGCUUCGUUUCCCAGCUCAUGACUCGUUUUUGGCUAAAGGAACUGGUUUUAAACAUUCCCCUACGAAGGACAGAUUUAUUCCAAAUGAAUUAUGACUAAGGAUUGUAAACUGAGUUCUUGUAUUAUGGUAUUAUAACCCUGCUCAUCUGUUGUUAAUUGUAAA